UAGAUAUAUUUGCCUUUUUUAACAAAUUUAAUGACAUAUUAUUCAUUUUCGUUUUUAUAUAUGUUAAUAUAUAAAGGCAAAUACUAAUUUUUUGAAAAAUAUAAAAUCUAAAAGGAUAAAAAAUGGCCUUGGGAAGACCCUAAAAAUACUAAUAUAUGGAAAUAAACAUUAAAAAAACAUUAAUGAAUAAUUUUGUGAAUAUUUUUGUGAUAUAAUUUGGAUUUUUACAUAUAGAAACUUUACUAAAUGGUGUUCAAGUAGAAACAGACUAAAUGUUUUUCCCUUCAAAAACCGAAAAUUUCCUAAGCAUAUUAAUUCUCUUAUUUUUCCAUGAUUUUUGCUUUUAUUUCAUCCACCGUUUCCAACACUAAAAGCCCAUUUAUUAAUAUAUACAUAAAAUACACCACUAAUAUUACCAAAAUGUAUGUAUUGCAGGUCAAUAUUUUCAUCCUAUAGAUUAUAUAAUAACUAUACUAGCACCAACAUAUAUAAUGUUUAAGUUUUUGAAAAAAAAUUGCAUAUAAUUAGCCUUUGUAUGUGGGUUUUUAUCAUGAGUAUCAAUUCUAUAGACGAACAUUCGGGUUAUGAAUUCCCUUGGAGUCCUUUUAAUUUGACCAAAUAUAAUGUUUCUGCU